UUAAAAUAUCAAUAUGAUUUUCUUUUGCCUUGCUACAGUUUAGAUGAUAGCAUCUAUUUUGUGAAUUAACACGUUGGUAAAAUGGAGAAUAAAAGAUCAACUAAUUUCAAGCUGAAGAUCCUAAUCACACUUGCUGCCUUAAUUCUUGUAAUUGCCUAUAUGCGUGGUCAUUUCACCGAUAUACGCAGACAGAGCACAAGAUCUAGAUUCAACACUAUUGACAGAGACAGAGCCAGGUACAGUUUACCUGACAAAAAGCUGGACAGAACUUCCUGGGAUCAAAACUCAAACUUACAUAAAGACGAGUUGGACAAAAGCACUAGAGAUUUUGCCAAUAAAGAACCCAUUAAGACAAGACUACCGGUAGAUGACUCUGUUGAAAGAAAAAAGACCUGGUCUAAUGAAGCCAGUAACCUGGACACAGGCAAUAAAGAAAAGUCAGACACGUUUAAAACAAAUGGAACUUCAACACUAGAAAAGAAUAUGGAAAAAACUUUUCAAACUGAAGCAACAGACAAUGUGAAAACUGGAGUUACAAACAAAACUACUGCUGGUAGAAAAAAACUUAAUUUAAAGACAGUUACUAAGAUUGUAAUGGAAAUUCUGGAUCGACUUAAUAUAAAUUAUUCUAAUACAACAUUUGGUAGACAACAAGAAAAAAAUAAACUAUCACAUACUGCAGUUGGAAAUAUCUCUAAGGAGAUCUUGAGGCAAAACUUUUCCCGUAACGUUGCUAGAGCAGUGAUACGUGUUCUCACAAAAGGAGUUUCUGGCACUACACAUAAUUACACACUAGGAAAACAAUUAUGGACAGAUUAUGUGAAUAAUACUAAGCAAUCAAGGUUAAGCGGCAAAUAUGGGGAGCAGGGCCAGUUUAGAGACCCUUCACAGAGACCAAGAUACGAGGACAGAUACCACAAACUUGUUGGUUAUUACCCCCCUAAAAAGAUACAGGACAUUCCCCCAGAGAGACUGGACAACCUGGCAUUUAGAAACAAUGGUCAAAAGUUAGGUUACAGGGACAACCGACAACAGCUUGUACACAGCGAUAAUCAACUCAGGCCAAGGAUUAAGGAACAACUCCAACAAGGGUAUGUAGAUCAAACUCAGCCAGGCUAUAGAGCUCAAAGUCAGCCAGGGUAUAGAGCUCAAACUCAGCCAGGCUAUAGAGCUCAAAGUCAGCCAGGGUAUAGAGAAAAUCCUUUACCUGCCAGAAAUGGUGGCCAGCAGCCUAUGUACAGAGAUGAUCACGAGUCUUCAAAGUUAAGACAGAACCAACAGCGAAGGUUAGCGCAACCAUCCAUGUAUCAAAAAAGUGAUCGACAGCAAUCAAAAUAUGGGAACGAUCAACAAUUUAAAGACAGACGACAGCUGCCAGGAUACAGAAAUGAUCAACAAAUAAGAACUGUUGGGGAUUAUGCUCAACAACCAAUGCAAAGUGAUAUUCAGCAGAGAAAUCAGGCCAAUCCAAUAAAGAAGCGUUCAGCAGACAGAGAUCAACGUAAAUGGUACAGGGAUGGUACUCAGCUAAAAUUUCUGAUGGAUCACCCAGAGCAAAAACGCUCAGUAAAGGACACUAAAGAAACAGAUACGUUUGACAGAGAGCAGGAUAAGGAAGGAAAAAAAAUUGAUGAAAAACGAUCAGCAGACAAUAUGGAAGAGACAGAGAAUAUUGACAAAGUGCACGCACAGGAAGUCCAGAAAGUUGAUAAAAAACGAUCAGCAGAAGAUGUGAAAGAGACAGAGAAUAUUAACAAAGCGCAGGCACAGGAAGUCAAGAAAGUUGACUGAAAAUGACCACUGGACAAGCCACCAGCAAAAGCAUUAACACUUAAAAGGAAAUAAGGACAAGCAAAUUCGAUGAAUUGGAAUCCCCCGCCGAAAGGGUCAGAGUUGAGGAACGGCAAAAAAUAUAUCCAGCAAAAAGUUAAGAAUGUUACCAAGAAGCAAAUAAUUUCAUUAGUCAAAAUCAAAUUAAAAGAAAAUGAA